AUGCAAAUUUUUGGUCUUAUUUUCAUACCAACGACAGAUGAUGUAUCAAAAAACAUCGAUACACCUGUGCCAUUGCAAAAUGUUCAAGUUGAAGCGAACGUUAUUGAUAUGAUUGCUGAAGUUAAAAUCUUACAGACAUAUAAAAAUAUCGAAAAAUGCACAAUCGACGCUACCUACAAAUUUCCAAUCCACGAAGCGGCAGCUGUUUGCGGCUUUGAAGCUGAACUUGAGGAUGGACAAAUCAUUAAAGGAAUUGUUAAAGAAUCAGCUCAAGCUGUGAAAGAGUAUGAAAAAGCAGUCUCGCAAGGGCAAGAAGCAUAUCUUCUCGAAGAGAAACUUCCGGAUGUUUUCCAAUGCUCUAUCGGUAACAUAUCACCAGGCCAAACAAUAAUCAUCAGAAUUACAUAUGUCACUGAGUUGAAACAUGACGCUGAGUCAGAGAAAAUUCGUUUCGUAUUGCCGACUAUUAUUUCGCCUCGGUACUCGCCUGGAAAUUUUUCCGUAGAUGAUACAGAUACAGAAAAAAUAGUAACCGCGGAGAAUCCAAGUUAUGCUAGUACUGCUAUUGCAAAAUACACAUUAGGGCUUUCAAUCACAUGCAGAAUGACGGAUACUAUUACAAGCGUAGAGUCGCCUUCUCAUUUAAUUUCCACGGAAUUGAAUGUUGGCGGCGAUUCUAAAAUCUCGAGAAUUAGUUUGGCUGAGGAAAUUACUUAUCUGGAAAAAGACUUUAUUUUAGUGGUUAAAAGUAAUGGAUUGGAUGAACCAAGAGCAUUUAUCGAGUAUAAUCCAAAAACAGAAACAAAUGCUAUCAUGUUGACAUUGGUUCCAAAUUUUUCGCAGAAUGUUGCCAAAAUGAGCGAAAUGAUUUUCGUGGUUGAUAGGUCAGGUUCAAUGACUGGUGGUCCAAUUCGUAGAGCAUCGCAAGCUCUACAAUUAAUUCUUCAUUCACUUCCCGAAAACUGUCUUUUCAACAUUAUUUCAUUUGGAAGUAAAUUUGAUUCCUUAUUUAAAGAAAGUAUGCGCUAUUCAGAGGAAACAUAUUCAACAGCAUUGUCUCAUGUUGAAAACAUGCAGGCUAAUUAUGGCGGAACAGAAAUAAAAAAUGUUCUCGAAUGGGUAAUUGGGCAUGCUCGUAGUGAUAUGCCAACUUCUGUUUUCUUAUUAACAGAUGGUGAAGUAUGGAAUGUUGACGAAAUAAUCCAACUGAUUCAGAAAGCUGCCAACAAUCCAAAGAAAAAUUUUCGACUCUUCUCUUUAGGAAUUGGAUCGAGCGUUUCGCAUCAUUUAGUAGAGUCAAUUGCUCGAGCUGGGAAAGGUUACUCACAAUUUGUCACCAAUGAAGAACGAAUGGAUAAAAAAGUUAUUGUGAUGGUCAAGAAUGCUAUUAAGAAUGCGUUAACUGAUUAUAAAGUUAAAUGGAUUGACGACGACGACAUGCCAACCUCAGUUAUUUCAUUUCCUUGGAAUUCGUCGGAACAAAAUGAAAACAAGUUUUGUCAAGCCCCCAAUUCCAUUCCCGCUAUUUAUUCGGGUGUGCGUGUAUUAGUUUACGUGUUUUUAGCGAAAAACGUCAAGCCUAAAAAUGUGAUAACUCUUUCAGCACAAUCCCUGGAUGGCCCGAUUAAGCUUGAAGUUAAAGUAGAUCCAGUAACUCUUCAGGGAUCGAAAAUACAUACCUUGGCUGCUCGGAAAUUAAUUCAGGAUUUGGAAGAAGGAACUUCAUAUCUGCAUGUGGAUUCCAAUAGAAAAGAUAAAGUUUCUGAUGACCUUGUCAAAGAACAAAUUAUUAAUUUAGGUAUUACUUUCAGUCUUGCAUCAAGACAUACUAGUUUUCUAGCAAUUAAUGAGAAAACUAAUUCAGAAAUUGCCAGAAGUGAGACUCUUAAGCAAAAAAGAGUAGUUCCUGCACAACUACAAAGAGGGUUCGGGUCUAGGGCUGGUGCUGCAGUGUUUGGGGCUAGUCCUGUAGGAUUUGGUAGUAGGGUUAGAUCUGCAAACUUUGAGGCUGGGUUUGUUAAUUACAGUAGGACUGCUCCAGUAUUACAGAGUAUGCCUGCUCCAGUAUUACAGGCAUCUACCGCUGUUCCAGGAGUGGCUCUAUUUGGAUCUAAACCAAAAGUAAAAAGAACAACAAACUCGUUAUCUGUAGCGGAAGCGUCAAUACCUCAAGACGUAUCAUCUUUACAAACUCAGAAGCAAGAACUAUCACAAUCAUUUGAUAUAAAGACACCAACUAUUGAAACAUUAUAUGGAUUUUUAAAAAAUCAAUCGUUCGACGGAAAAUUCGUUGCAAAAAAUUCCAAUUUCUCGAGCUUGUUUUCCGGACAUGAUUCAAAGAAAAAUGAUGAUCUAGUAUGGACGACGGCUGUAGCUAUGGCUUAUUUGGAAAUUGUGAUGAAGGAAUUUAAAGAGGAAUGGGAAUUAUGUUAUGAAAAAGCAGAACGCGCAUUAGCUAAUUUAAUCAGUGAAAAUGAUAAAAAUAGCAAAGUUAAUAUUUUAGCGGAAGCUCGUGAAUGGGUAAAAAAGUGGCUUGUAAAUGAAUGA